AUGGGAUCGAUACCACAAGACAUCACCUACGACUUUGUGAUCUGCGGCGGUGGCACGUCCGGCUGCGUUGUUGCAGGCCGUCUUGCUGAGAUCCCCGGGGUCAGUGUCCUGCUCAUUGAGGCUGGCGAGCACAAUGAGAAUCUCGAGAAUGUUCACAUGACAGGAGGAUGGUCUCAAUUAUUCGACAAGGAAACCGACUGGAACGUCAUUAGCGAGAAGAAGCCUGCCGUGAACGACAGGCAGGUGAAACUUAGCCGUGGCAAGUUCCUUGGCGGAUGCUCCGGUUGCAACGGCACGCUCUGCAUCCGCGGCUCAAAGCAGGACUAUGAUGACUGGGGAGUCGAGGGCUGGAGUGGUGAAGAGUUCUUUAAGUAUAUUCGCAAGGCAGAGAACUUCCACGGAAAGUCUUGGUUCAAGGCCUCCAACGACCAUGGCACCGACGGCCAUCUGAACAUCGAACCGCACGACCUCGCCCCCAUUUCCAACCUGAUCAUGGACUCGAUGGUCUCCAAGGGGCUUCCCCUCGACCACGACAUGUUUUCCCACGGCAAUAACCCUCAUGGGUGCGGCCACGCUCCGAGGACGGUGCACAAGGGCCUGCGAAGCACCGCAGCGGACUUUGUAACCAAGGAGAACAAGAGAGAUAAUCUCCACCUUCUCGUGGAGACGCACGUCGAGAAGGUCCUAAUGGAGAACGUGGACGGCCAGCUCAGGGCGACGGGUGUCAGAGCCGUCAAGGCCGACGGGUCAGUCGUCGAGAUCAAAGCCCGCAAAGAGGUCAUUGUUAGUGGCGGCGCCUACUGCAGUCCUAAUAUUCUCAACCGAUCCGGUCUUGGAGCAAAGUCGGAGCUGGAGGCUUUCGGAAUCCCUACUCUGGUCGACUUGCCCGGCGUUGGAAAGAACCUCAUGGACCAUCUCAUCGUCUUCAUGUUCUACGAGACCGAAAAGGCCGGGCUCACCAACGACCACCACGUCUAUCACGGCGACAACUUCGCCAAGACGUACGCCCUUUGGAAAGACCAGCAGGCCGGCUUCCUGUCGUCCUUCCCUUUCGGCGCUUUUGCGUACGCCCGUCUGGACGAGAGGCUUGCCGACUCGGAGCUGUGGAAGAGCGCACCGCGCGCGCCCGGCCGCGACCCGAUGGGCCUGUCGCCGAAGCAGCCCAACAUCGAAUUCUUCACGACGGAGUGCUACGGCGGGCCGAAACAGUUCGACCAGUUCCCGACUGACGGGAAACACGCCUUCAGCAUGAUUGCAGAGCUAUUCGGGCCCCGGUCUCGAGGCACCGUGUCCCUUCGCAACACCGACGCCAAGGCCGUCCCCGUGGUUGAUGCCAACUAUCUCGCCGACCCCCUGGAUGUCGAGGUUUUGGCCGAGGCGUGCCGGUUUGGCAACGAGAUCAUCAUGGAAGGCAACGGCACCAAGGGCAUUGUCAAGGGCUCGUGGCCGAGCGACUUGGUACACCACAAGUACACCACCCGAGAAGAAUGGAUUCCCUACGUUCGCGACAAUGCGACAACCUGCUACCACGCUGCCGGAACUUGUGCCAUGGGCAACGCAUCCGACCCGAAUACUGUCGUCGACCCUACGCUCACAGUGAAGGGCGUCAAGGGUCUGAGAGUGGCUGACUGUAGUAUCAUGCCUAUCCUCCACGGUGGCCACACGCAGAUGCCUGCAUACGGAAUUGGAGAGAAGGCUGCUGAUCUCAUCAAGGAAGCAUGGAAGUUGUAA